ACAGUCAGCUGAAAUCCACAGCUCAGCUCAGAAGCUCAGAGAGGAGAAGCAGACAAAACGCAGCAGCUUCGGUCGGGAAACAUCGUCAGACUCGGCAAAGGCAUGGAAUUCGGCCACAAAACACAAACUCCAAAGGGAAAAAAAAGGGAUUUAAAUCCAGAGGCUGGAGGAAUGCUUUAAAGAUUUCUUGUAGCCUUGCUUCGUUGAAAGGCUCUUUAUAUUUAGAGUGACGUGACACAGGAACAAUCCAUUUCUCAGGGCAGCCUGUCUGACUUUGAUCAUGCCCCCUAGAUAGCAGCCUCGUCCUCCUCUCCACUCCCCCUCCCUGCCCCUCGGCCCCUUCCUCUACCAUCCAGCACCAUCACUGCCAACCGUGUCGCCACAGCCGCCAUGCCGCCCAGGAAGAGGACGCGGCCAGGCCUGGGCUUCCUGUGCUGCUUCGGCAGCAGCGAGCCUCCGGAGAUCAACCUCAAGGACAGCGUGCCUCUGCAGCUGCUGGAGUUCAGCGCCCCCAUGCCGCCCGCAGAGGAGCUGCUUGCGCGUUUCUCCGAACUGGUGGAUGAGCUGGACCUCACGGACAAGAACCGGGAGGCCAUGUUCGCUCUGCCCGAUGAAAAGAAAUGGCAGAUCUACUGCAGCAAGAAGAAGGAGCAAGAGGAUCCCAACAAGCUUGCGACCAGCUGGCCUGACUACUACAUCGACCGCAUCAACUCCAUGGCUGCUAUGCAGACCCUGUUUGCCUUUGACGAGGAGGAAAUGGAAAUGAGGAACAAGGUGGUGGAAGAUCUGAAAACAGCACUUCGGACUCAGCCAAUGAGGUUUGUCACGCGCUUCAUCGAGCUCGACGGCCUCACCUGCCUGCUCAACUUCCUGCGCAGCAUGGACUACGAGACGUCGGAGAGCCGCGUCCACACAUCGGUCAUCGGCUGCAUCAAGGCCCUGAUGAACAACUCCCAGGGCCGUGCGCACGUCCUGGCACACCCACAGAGCAUCAACACCAUCUCCCAGAGCCUGCGGACAGAGAACAUCAAGACCAAGGUGGCCGUGCUGGAGAUUCUUGGGGCGGUGUGCCUGGUGCCUGACGGACACAAGAAGGUGCUACAGGCCAUGGCGCACUACCAGAAAUAUGCUGCAGAGAGGACUCGCUUUCAGACGCUGCUGAAUGAGCUGGACAAGAGUACAGGCCGCUACAGAGACGAGGUCAACUUAAAGACUGCCAUCAUGUCCUUCAUCAACGCUGUGCUCAACGCUGGAGCUGGGGAGGACAACCUUGAGUUCCGCCUCCACCUAAGGUACGAGUUCCUGAUGUUGGGCAUCCAGCCGGUCAUCGACAAGCUCAGAGGGCAUGAGAAUUCCACUCUGGAUAGGCAUUUGGACUUCUUUGAGAUGGUGCGGAAUGAAGAUGACUCGGAGUUAGCCAAAAGAUUUGAUACUUCCCACGUCGAUACUAAGAGUGCCAGUGCAAUGUUUGAGCUGAUCAAGAAGAAGCUGAGUCACUCAGACGCCUACCCCAACCUCCUCUCCAUCCUCCAGCACUGCCUCCAGAUGCCCUAUAAACGUGGUGGUGGCAGCCUGCAGCACUGGCAGCUCUUAGACAGGAUCCUCCAGCAGAUAGUCUUGCAGGACGAGAAGGGACAGGACCCAGACAGCGCCCCUCUGGAAAACUUCAGUGUUAAGAACAUCAUUCGCAUGUUGGUCAAUGAGAAUGAGGUGAAACAGUGGCGAGAACAGGCAGAGAAGUUCAGGAAAGAUCAUUUAGAGCUGCUAGGUAAACUAGAGAAGAAGGAGCGAGAGUGUGAAACCAAGACCCAGGAAAAGGAUGACAUGAUGAAGACAUUGAACAAAAUGAAGGACAAACUCCAGCGUGAGGGAGUGGAGCUUCGCUCAGCCAGGGAACAAGUCCAUGACCUGUCCUCACGCAUCAAUAACAUAUCUGGGAUGGGUGUGUCUUUCCCGCCUCCUCCUCCUCCCCCUGGCAGCCCCAUGGCUCCACCUCCACCACCUAUGAUGGGUGGCUGUCCACCACCUCCUCCUCCGCUGCCGUUUAGCUGCCCGCCUCCUCCGCCGCCUCCUCCCCCACCUGGAGCACCGCCUCCUCCACCAGGAGCCCCUCCCAUUUUCGGAGCUCCGCCUCCUCCUAUUCUCUCUUCAUUCAACUCCAACAUGCGCUCCAAGUCCAUCCCUACGCCUUCUCAUCCUCUGAAGUCCUUCAACUGGGCCAAACUAGGAGAGAAUGUGAUCAACGGCACCAUCUGGAAUGACAUCGAUGACCUGAGAGCUUUCAAGAUUCUUGACCUCAAGGACAUCGAGAAGAUGUUUUCCGCCUAUCAGAGACAACAGGAGCUGCUCACUAACCAAUCCUUCAAACAGAAAGAGACGGGCUCCAUGGAUGACAUAUACGUCAGCACGCGGAAGGUCAAGGAGCUGUCAGUCAUCGAUGGCCGACGUGCACAGAAUUGUGUCAUUCUUCUUUCAAAGUUAAAAAUGAGCAAUGAAGAGAUCAAGAGGGCGAUCCUGGAGAUGGACGAGAGGGAAGAGCUGUCCAAAGAUAUGCUGGAGCAGCUGCUGAAGUUUGUCCCGGAGAAGAGUGACAUCGAUCUCUUGGAGGAGCACAAACACGAGCUGGAGCGCAUGGCAAGGGCUGAUCGCUUCCUCUUUGAAAUGAGCAGAAUUGACCACUACCAGCAGAGACUGCAGGCUCUGUUCUUUAAGAAGAAGUUUGCAGAGCGUCUAGGCGAAACCAAGCCUAAGGUUGAAGCGAUCCUGAAUGCAUCCAAGGAGGUGGUGCGGAGCAAGAGGCUGACUCAGAUCCUGGAGGUUGUGCUGGCCUUCGGCAACUUCAUGAACAAGGGCCAGAGAGGAAACGCCUACGGCUUCAAGGUCUCCAGCCUCAACAAGAUCGCUGACACCAAGUCCAGCAUAGACAGGAACAUCACCAUGCUGCACUACCUGAUCAUGAUCAUGGAGAAGAACUACAAUGACACGCUGCACAUCCAGAACGACCUCUGCAGUGUACCCGAGGCUGCCAAAGUCAAUUUGUCGGAGUUGGAAAAAGAGGUUCACAAUAUCAGAAGUGGACUGAAGGCUCUAGAGGCGGAGCUGCUCUACCAGCAGAGCAGGACGAGGGAACGCGGGGACAAGUUUGUGGCUGUGAUCGGAGACUUCAUCACCGUCGCUGGCUUCAGCUUUUCUGAACUGGAGGACCAGCUGAGCGAAGCCAAGGACAAGUUUACCAAAUCUCUGAAGCACUUUGGGGAGGAAGAAGGGAGGAUGCAGCCCGAUGAGUUCUUCGGGAUCUUUGACACCUUCUUACAGUCGUUCAGCGAGGCACGGCAGGACCUGGAGAACAUGCAGCGCCGUAAAGAUGAGGAGGAGAGGAGGGCACGAAUGGAGGCCAUGCUCAAGGAGCAGAGGGAGCGGGAGCGUCGGGCCAAGAAGAGCGGCGCUUCAGACGAGGUCGGCGGGGAGUUUGACGACCUGGUGUCGGCACUGCGCUCCGGUGAGGUCUUCGACAAGGACCUGAACAAAUUCAAGCGGAACCGCAAGCGCUCCGUCAACCAGCUGGUGGAGGGCGGGGGCCGCGAACGAGCAGUCACUAAGGUCAAUUACUAGGUCGGGAAAAAGGAAAGACGAAAAAAGAAAACACUAGACACGUAAAUACUGCCGUGGUGUAGAUCUCUUAACACCUUUAGUCCAGGUCCUGGAAUAGCGACCAUAGACAUUGGAGAGGAUGUAAGUAACGGCUGGACUGGACAUGUAUGGACAGCCACGCCAUUUUGAAGGACGCAUCACCCUCCUCUGAUUGGUCUCCUAAAGCUAUUCCUAACUGUUUGUCCUGGGCGUUGUAUUUGGAUCUAAUGGAUGGACAGACAGACCACUGUGACACAUAAUCCCGCCAUCUUUUGACCUUAUCCUCUUAACACUGUGCUCAAGCUUCCAGCUCUCUACCACUCCCUGUUUUUCACUGCUCAUUUCCCCUCUCCUCGGUGAUAGAGCGGCCCUAUCUUUUUACUCACUGGCUCCAAAAAACACAUGGGACUUUGGGAUCAACCAGUCACAUUGUACAUAGACUUUAGGGCCAAGAGAAAGCAUGGGGAAAAGAAAGUGGGAACAGGGAAGUAAGCCAUAACCUUCACAGUCAUGGUUACUUCAAGUGUCCCGCGGAAAAGUGUUAUAUCCACAGAAUGGAUGGGUGUUCUUAAAACUUCCUUCACUGGAAAGAGGGGCUUGUAUUCGGCAAAUCCCAGAAUGCUUUGUAGGCUUCUGAAAGAUUUCAUCCCAGCAGCCUCCUCCAGCGCACAGCAUUCCCAGGAAGGACGUACGUACAUCCCAAGGUUCGAUUUUAAGACGAUACUCUGUUCAAGGAAAAACUCAAAAGUGAUGACUGUGCCACAAGGGUCAAUCCUCACCUACACUCCUAACUGCUUUUGACAUUGUUCUGGCAUUAACCCGUGCCAAAGCAAAACAAAUGUACAUGUAUUAAUAGAAAACAUACUGCAAUUAGGCGUUGAUAUAUAUUUAUAUUUAGAUGCAGACAAGCUAAUUGCAAAGAUGUAGAGGUUUUUUUUAUGUUUUCAUGGCGUUUUGGGGUUUUGUACACGCAAUGCAUUAUUUGUUGGUGUUGCAAGUUCACAUUGCUGUUAAAGUGAAUUUCUAUACAUUUUGCGCUUUAUGUAAAAAAAAAGAAAAAAGAAAAUUGCUUGUCCUUUUCACACCUGUAUGUCUUGUUUGCACUGUAGCUUUUCUGACCAACUUUACACUCCAUGAGCCGAUCUACAGGGUCCUCUGGAAAAAGUCCUCUCUGUACUUCAAUGACCUUCCCCCAGAACAAAGAUAAUGAAGGAAUGCCAUGUAUGAAUUGAGUUUAGGGUUUAUUAAGUUAAACUAGUGCUUGAUCACUCGGUUAGUACGGCGGCCAAAAAAAACAAGCUUUGCUAUCUCCAGAUAAUCAACCCGUUAUCACAAGAAAAUGAAAGGUUAUUUUACUUUAAAAUGUAUGUUUAUGAGAUCAGGAGUACAAUACAUAUAUAUGACGACGCGACAACUAAAGCAACUGAUUUAAGCUUACAAAGUCAGAUCAUGGAAUACCCAUUAUUAAUGAACGCAUCAGAUUGUGGUUCCAUCGAACUGAAAACGGAGUUGUGUCUUUUUGAAAGAGAUAAUAUUCACAUAACCCAUAGUCAUAUCAGGAGAAGACCAAUACAAAAGUAGUUACUUUUCAGUUUUAAAUCAUCUGUGACCAAAGGCUAAAACCAUGUGUGAACAAGACACAACUUUUUUUAAAUUACAUCAUUAUUGUGAGAUUCUGAAAAACUAAAAAUUGUUUUUCCUUGUGAUCUUAUUAUCUCAACAAAUCCGCCUUUCUUUUCCUUGGAAUUGACCUACAGUAAUCAGUUAUCCCGAGAAAACUAGCUUUUGUCUUGUGGCAUGAGACGCUAUUACAAAAAGAAUAGCAGAAAUGGCCCUUCUGGUCCUCCGUACGGUUACUUGGUUUAAGGCUUAUAAUGCAGUAUUUAUGUGGAUUUUUAUUUAAAUUGGCAUAGUAAUGUCAGAUAAACCAUUUGAUCAGUCUCCAACGUAAGUCAGGGUACAACAAAGCACUUAUAGCGCCUCAGAGAGCGUCAUAGAAAACAAUCCUUACUUCCAUCUUUCCUUCCAUCUUCUCUCAGAUGUUUCAGUCCCUGUUACUAUGGGCAACAUGUUGCCAAACAAGAGUCCACAUCCUGUUGCCAACCUAGGUCUCUUUUCUUUAAGUUUUUACCGUAUUCAUUCUUUUAUUAUUUGUAUAUGCAUUUCUAAAUUGUUAAUAUGGAAGAUCAUUAGGGCCACAAGUGUUGUUUUUUCCAGAGAAUAGAGUCAGAAAUGUGGAAAAAAAAGUCAGAAUUGAGAAUUCAGAUUUUUCAGAACUCAAAGAAAAAAUAAAUCACUUUUGGCAAUAUCCAAAAAUACAUUCACAUGUGGCCCUAAUCCUCCUCCGUAGAUGGCAGUAGGCAUGACCAUGGCUGCAACCCAUUUGAGUUAUUCCAUCUGCAUUGCAUGGUUCCUGCAGCACAGCAGGGCUUUAUGUGAUGUCCAACAGUACAGUGGGAAAUUGGACUUGGUCUUCUUUGGAGAGGAUAAAAAAGAUAAAGGACACAUCCCGUGUUUAAUUUUCCUCUGUUUGGCAUGUGUCCUUAUUAUGGUAAGAUCCCGGAGCUGUUGCGCCAAAGCAUUUGCCCAACAGCUCCUGGAUCAGUUGGAAAGGGGUUGGAUUUACAUGGUUGUUCUCAUAGUAACAGUUACAGUUAAACACAAAUAGCUCAUAUUGAAGAUCCUUUGUAUCACUUUAAAUAAGAAACUAUUUAAUUGCACUUGUCUCAAUAAGCACUUUGUGUAUUAACAGUAGUGUUCAAAUACACACAAAAAGACAUUUCCAAUGAAUUAUUGAGCAUCUAUAUAUACAGCUAUCCCAGUUUUGUCUCUCAUUCAUUUUGCCAGCUUUCCUGUUUUGUUUUUAUUUUCACCUUGAAGUGCCUCUCACCUGUUUUCACACAUGUACCAUUCCUAUCAUUGUGUUUUAGUGCUUGUGGCUUUCCAAAAUAAUACACAGUGUUUGCUAGCCGACAGUUGGAAUUGGACUAAUUGGCGCCAUCUUGUGGCCUCAGAUGUGCACUUUCAUGUUCCACCUGACGUCACAAACAUCAGAUAGCAGCUCUCCAAAGUGAUAACAUUAUGCGACUCUUCAGAAGAGUGGAAGGGCCAGGCAGCAGGCAGCAGGACAUUAUUUGUAUUUGUCUUGCCUUUAGAGAAUAAAGUCGAACAUUGCGUAGAUGCAAAUUAAUUGAGUAGAUUUAUUCUGAAAAGUUUAACCUUCUUUAAUUUUGACUCCAUUCUCAACAACUUGAUCCUAAAUAUUUCAAAGACUAUUCUCUGUAUUUUGACUCUAUUCUCAACUUCAUUCUUAAAAACAACAUGAAUCAUUUCCACCUCUUACCUGGCCUUAAUACUCUUCCAUAGGCAGUUGUUCCAAGCUCUAGGCUUCAGCUCACCAAAGUUCCCUCAAUUAAAGUCCGGCAGGUGUACUAUGGCUGCCAUGUGAUGUCCGACAUACUACCUGUAGAGAGGAAUUCCUUUUUCCCUAAACGUUUAUUUAUUCCAUCCUUUAUCAGUCACAUUGCAGAGAAACCUACUCCUACCAUGUGUAUAGUUCUUUGUUUUGUUUGCAGAGUGAUGCUAUGAUGAGGUUAAAGGACAAAGAGAGAGCAGAGCAGAUCUUUAAGUUCCUUUGUCCCACACUUUAGAGGAUAACCAGUAAUCCAAAUAGAAUCCAAUCAGACACUUUGAAAAGUCCUAAGGGGAAAAUGACAUAUGGUUGCUUAUUCUCUAACCAGCAUCUCAUGUAUAUUUGAGCUAUUCGAUUUCCUAACCUCUGCUCUUUUGUCUUUCCAGUAAACCAGGGUUGGUAUAUCAGACUUUGGCAGCCCCUUUCAACUCUUAAUCCAGAGCUUUAACACGUUUUGUAGUGCAGACUAUUUACUGAGGGGUAUUGUAAUAUUUUCAGUAUUAUUAGGAUUAUGUUGUUACAUGCUUGGAUGUUUAUUCGGCCAUUGACUGGCUGAUUUUGUAGUGUACAGAUGGAAAAGGAAUGAAAUUAGUAGCUUGUUCAAUGCACUUUUGUCAGGGGACAUUUUAAUUUGCAGCGCUAUUUUGAGGACUUAGAGCCCUUUUUUAAAUAUGAGAGGGGUGCAACGAAAGAGUGGUGCAAAAAAGCAUGGUGUGAAGAAGAGAGAAAAGGGGCAAGUGAGGUUUGGACUCCGCUGAAUACACAUUAACAGAGUUUUUAACCCCCACCAGUCUGGGUCACCUGUAAAAAGAAAAGUGUAUUUCUGACACCGCCACAUUUCUGUCAAAUCAUGCACUUGGCGUUGACCUGCAUGCCUAAAGAGGGGUGCACAAAGUGUGAUGUGUUGAGUUUAUUAGAAUAUUGCUUGCAAUAUGAUACACACCUGUUACACAACAAUUUGUACUGCCUGAGAAAAAUGCACCCAGUUUCAGAUGUUGUAUUAUUGUGAGCAGUCAGUAUUUUUAAGGUUGGAAAGAAAAGGUAUCCUCCACCGAAAGAUGUACAGAAGUGGAAAAAGCAUUUUGUACACCAUUCUUGAUGUUUGAGAUAAGGUAAUAAAAAAAAUAAUUAAAACAUUGAGGAAUGUUCAAUUUUCCUGUAAAUUGUACCGCUAUUUAUUUGCCUUAUUUAGUUUGCUAUAUUUUGUAUGUCCACACAGCAUUACGACAAAUUGUUAUAUUAAAGAUAUGAAUAAUUAAACUGUGGUCCGUGUAUAGUUUUAAGACAAAAGGAUGACGUAUGAGAAUUAUUUUCUUUUCUCUUUCAUUUCUAUUAUUUUCGUUUAGUUUUUUUGUUACCCUGGUCCUUUUGUAGGGUUACAAUAAACCUUUGUCCCUUA